GGCUGGUCUGGUUAAAGGUAGCGGGUGGUUUCCAAAGCGGUCGCAGGAAUAAGGCGUUUUCUUUGUCGCACAAGUGGCGUGGCUCCUUAAAGCCGGUAGUUGAAUCGCUGAGGGGAGCUGUAGUGUGAGUGUUCGAGGAUUCGCUUCGGAUGCAGUAUUUAUGGAUAUCUUGGACUCUCCUUCCACUCUCCUUUCCUUCUGUUUAAGGACUAGGUGGUCUUUACUUAAUUGGUUAUCAGAUUUAACUUUCCAAGUGUAUUUAAAGUUGGAGUUUGAUGCUAAAGAUGGCAGAUCCAGAUGUCCUCACCGAGGUUCCUGCAGCAUUGAAGAGGUUAGCCAAGUAUGUGAUCCGGGGAUUUUAUGGCAUUGAGCACGCCUUGGCUUUGGACAUCUUGAUCCGGAACGCCUGUGUGAAAGAGGAGGAUAUGUUGGAGCUGCUCAAGUUUGAUCGGAAGCAACUUCGAUCAGUUUUGAAUAAUUUAAAGGGAGACAAGUUUAUCAAAUGCAGAAUGAGAGUAGAGACUGCUGCAGAUGGGAAAACCACGCGCCAUAACUACUACUUUAUUAAUUAUCGUACUCUUGUUAACGUGGUAAAAUAUAAAUUGGAUCACAUGAGGAGGAGGAUUGAAACUGAUGAGAGAGAUUCCACCAACCGGGCUUCCUUCAAAUGUCCUGUCUGUAGUAGUACUUUCACGGACUUGGAAGCUAAUCAGCUCUUUGAUCCCAUGACAGGAACUUUCCGCUGUACUUUUUGCCAUACAGAGGUAGAAGAGGAUGAAUCAGCAAUGCCCAAAAAAGAUGCACGCACACUUUUGGCAAGGUUUAAUGAACAAAUUGAGCCCAUUUAUGCAUUGCUUCGGGAGACAGAGGAUGUGAACUUGGCCUACGAAAUACUUGAGCCAGAACCCACAGAAAUCCCAGCCCUGAAACAGAGCAAGGACCAUGCAGCAACUACUGCUGGAGCUGCUGGCCUGGCAAGUGGGCACCACCGGGAAGCAUGGAGCACCAAAGGUCCCUCCUACGAGGACUUGUAUACUCAGAAUGUUGUCAUUAACAUGGAUGACCAAGAAGAUCUUCAUCGAGCCUCCCUGGAGGGGAAAUCUGCCAAAGAGAGGCCCAUUUGGUUGAGAGAGAGCACUGUCCAAGGAGCAUAUAAUUCUGAAGAAAUGAAAGAAGGGGGCAUAGAUAAUGCAUUUCAGGAGCGUGAAGAAGGCCGUGCAGGGCCUGAUGAUAAUGAGGAAGUCAUGCGCGCACUGCUCAUUCACGAGAAGAAAACUUCCUCCACCACGACUGGUUCAGUGGGGGCAGCUGCUCCUGUGACUACUGCCACUGGCAGUGACUCAGAGAGUGAGACCAGCGAGUCAGAUGAUGAUUCUCCGCCCCGUCCGGUGGCUGCAGCUGCGCAUCAUCGGGAAGAGGAUGAGGAAGAAGAUGAUGAAUUUGAAGAAGUAGCAGAUGAUCCCAUUGUCAUGGUGGCAGGUCAUCCAUUUUCCUAUAGUGAAGUGAGCCAACGGCCAGAACUGGUGGCCCAGAUGACUCCAGAAGAAAAGGAAGCAUAUAUAGCAAUGGGACAACGCAUGUUUGAGGACCUUUUUGAGUGAGCUUUCCCUACCUUUCCUUCUUUCUCCAAUGUUCAUUUCAAAAAGAAUUCCCUAUCUUUGAAUAAAAGUGUUUAUGUGGCUUUCUGCCCCUCUUGAUGUAAAACAACUGUUAAUCUUGUGCAAAGAUAAUAAAAGAGAAAGUUUGUUUUUUAUGCCAGAAACUUCCCAGCAAGGUAGUUUGGGUAUAAGUAUUCCCUUCCCUGCUGGUACUACAGUAUUAAUAUUUUACUGUAUUUCCAUAUCUAAUUUUUUUCUUUCCUUAAGACAGAUUUUUCUCCCUUCUGAAAUAAGUGAAGGAAAUCCAUAAGGUAAAUUCUUCCUGUUCACCUGCAGAAGCCUACUAUGAUAGGUAACAAAAUUCACUGAUCAUAUGUUUUUAAUCUGUUCUGACAGAUUGUUCCCAAAUUCCUCAUAUUGUUGCCAACCACAGCAGCUUGUCAACAGGCAAGUCGUUGAUUGGGGGGGAAUAUCCUAAAACUUCCUCAAAUUCUGAGUAUUUCCUCAGAAUUGAGGUUGGUGUAUAAGGGAAGGUAGGAGUAUGUGUGAAAGAGGGAUGAAUAUGCCUGAGUCUCAUGAUUAAUGUCUAAGUCAGUUCUAUGUCUCUCGAACUGACCAUGCUGGUGGAUUUAUUGUUUUGCUUAAUGCCUUUUGGAUUUGGCACAAUAGAAAACAAAGGAUGCUUGGUAAACCCUUAUGAAGAAAUUAGAAAAAACAUGGACAUUAGAUAAGUCCGUGUGAAAAGUUAAAGAGUGGACAGCAUUGGGACAGUAACUUAGAACUGCCUGAGUUUGAUCUGAUUUGGAAAUCCUUUAUAUAAAGUUGAGACUGGUCCUGGUUUUCCCCCUUCUCUAUAGACCUCUUGUCACUGCUAUAAAUUAUUUAUUGAUGCCAUUACAACAAAAGUCAACAUAGAACAAUUGAUUACUCCUCUCUGCCCCUCUGCCCCCUCUCUUUCUAAACAUCAUUGAAGGCUUUCUUUGUCUCUCUUUUGGUUCUUGUCAGACAUGGUAUUUUAGAAUGCUUCUAGUAUAUUGUUGAGCACUGUAACCUCAAGGAACAGUUUAUUUUGGAUUCUAAUAUGUAGCAUGGUAUUAUUCCCUAAGGCAGAACUUUAAAAAUAAAGAACUUUCAUACAAAGGUCUGUAACAAUUGUAUUUUUUGUAUUUUUUUGCAUUGUAAUUUUUAUGUAUUUAUCAUUUUAUAGUACAUGAAUGAAGUUAAGAUAGCAUUUUAGAGUAUCUGAGCCUUACAUGAAGUGAUGUUUCAUUUACCUACAUUGUAUUAAUGACUGAAUAUUGACUAUCUAUUUUAUACUGACUGAAAUGUGUUAAUUUCUAGCUCUGUAACAUCUUAGAGCAUAAUUAAAGUGGAUAUUCUUCCUAUUAAAAAAA